AUGGUCAUUUUUGCAUGUGAGGGGAACGAGAAAAAGAACGAAGGAAAGACUCUGGUUGACCGUCGAUUGGGAUUGGCGUCUCUGUGUGGAGGGUGCUGGCGCGCACGUAUGGAGGGAAAAAACUGUUUUCGAACAAAAUGGUCUCAGUACCCAGUGUACAGCGGGGGUAACAUUGCCUCGUUGCGGCUGCCGGCUCCGCGGGGUACUUCCUCAUCGUCGUUAAUAUCCUCAUCGUCAAGUAAAGAGGCUCUUGUGAUGGCCUGCGGCGACACUGUGAACGUACUUUGGGCAAGUACGGGGGAUCUGAUUGCAUCAUAUAAGCUGCCGCUGGAAGACGUCAUUCUUCGUGUGGAUGCCGUCUCUAUUCUGCACCCAGAAGAGCUGGCAGUUGAAAGUACUAAUUGUGCAGCCAAGAACAAUAAGAGGAGAAUGGUCUGCAAAAAAAAGGAAGGAGCAGAAAGAAAGGCGAAUAAGGAGGAGGUGAACGAAACGUCGCUUGAUCUCUCCCUUCAUGCAUCAGCGCCACCAGGUAGUUAUAUUGCCGUAGGGACUCGAACCCUGCAGGUCUAUGUGCUGCGACUUGACUGUAUCCAUGAGGAGGAAGAUGUAAAGAUGUCUUCAUCGCUGGUGGAUUCUUCUGUUGAUAACAACGGGAGCUUUUCGUGUGUACUUACCCCGUUGCGCAGCUGGACGGCGGCUCAGCAGGCGAUUGCUGUGGUUCAGUUUACCUUCAGUGGAAGACACCUUGUUUCUGGUUCAACAGAUGGCGGAGUGAAAAUAUGGGAUGUUUUUAAUCAUCACCUUACACACAAUCUGCGCAUUCCAUCUGCCAGUCUUGUGCAUUCCGUUUACGUUGACCCUGCGGAAAAAUAUAUUUGUGUGGGAAGCUUUGAAGGCCAUGUGGCGGUUUUUGAUUUUGUUGACAAAACACUGAUAUCACACGGCCAUUUUCACGUGUCGGCGGUAGAAUCCUUAUGUUUAACUCCUAAUAACGAGCAUCUCUUUUCCAUUGGGCGUGACCGCAAACUUGCCAUUUGUACGGUGGAUUCAUCUACUUUGAGGGAGGUGCGUAGCUUUGUCGUGAAGGAGCACGUUUCCAGUGCACUGUUUGAAUCCCCCUUUCGAAUUCAUGUUGGUGCGAUGGACGGGACACUCUCUACGUAUAGCGUUAGUGUCACGGAGCCCUUGCGUCUCUCACGCAGGAUGCGAGGACCUUCGGUGGCUGCUGAUGGACCGCCAGAUGAUGAGUGGGCAAUUCGAAGUUUGCUGGCGGUUCAAAACCCAAAGGGUGUUCACGAGGCAGGGCCUCUGUAUGGUUUGUUAGAUGACGGGAAUUCCUCGUCUCUGUACGCUGCUGAUGCCGCCUUCAAUAUUUCUCAUCUUCUCCCGGACAUGGAAGGGAGCGGGUACUAUGCUUCAUCCACACUGGUGGGGUUUCUAGACCAAGUGCUGGACCUCAAGCCCUUUCCACCAGGAUUUCCGUUUAAACGCAUGGUUGUAACAAACAGCAAAGAUGUGAGGUGCUACUCGACGAGCGGAUGUAUUUCAUCCCAGAUCCUUCGUGGACACAAAGACAUUGUAUUGACCUGUGCCUUUUCUGCAGAUGCUGGAAUAAUUGCCACGGCUGGAAAGGAUUGUGAGAUCCGCUUCUGGUCCACCGCCAAUUGGAAAACCAUUGCAAUUGGUCAGGGAGGCCAUGAGGCCGAUAUCACCUCUAUUGUAUUCAAUGCCAAACAAUCGGAGAGCUAUAUUGUGCUUUUUUCUGUCGGUGUGGAUGAGAACCUGCGUCUCUGGGAUGUCGGGAUGCACGUUCUUCCGGCGCUGCCACACGAUGAGAAGAGGGUUAAAAUGUCAAUAAUCGCUUCUCCCAUUAUCUUCUCGCACCGCUCCGGUAUUAAUGCCGCGCAUGAGGGGCCAAUUCACGCGAUGGCAGUUGCCCCGAAUGAUCAGUACUUGGCAACAGCCGGUAAGGACAAGAACGUUAAUCUGUGGAAAAUCAAUGGUAAAAAAGUUUUUCGAGAUGCUUCUUUGAAGGGUCAUCGUCGUGCAGUGUCUUGUCUUUCAUUUUCACCGUGUGAUCGUGUGUUGGCUUCGGCAUCCAACGAUGGAAGUGUCCGUUUGUGGUCACUUAUUUCCUUGACGUGUGUGAAGACGCUGCAGAUGGACCGCACCCCGGUGUUGCAGGUGGCAUUCUUUAAUAAGGGGACACAACUUGUGACGGGAAAUGCGGAGGGUGUUUUGCGUGUUUGGGCGAUUGCUGAAUCAGAAGUGGUUUGGUCAGGAGAAACACACGAGGACAGAAUAUGGGCGUUGAGUCUUGUGGAGCAGGAGAAUGAGAAUGUCUUGCUGUUAUCUGGAUCUGCAGAUGGUGUGUUGGUGGCCACAGAGGACUACACGUCAGAGGAAGCGGAACGUGUGCGCAGCGAGCGUCAUGAGGUGAUCCUCAAAGAGCAAGAGCUUGCAAACGCCAUGCGCAGGGGUCGAUACACCGAGGCUUUCUUGCUUGCGUUGAAGUUGAAUCAUCCACGGAACCUGCGUCAGGUUAUUAUGAAGUGGUCCGUAAAAGACGCACAGGACUGCGAAACUUCUUUGUGUCGCUCGAUUCUUCCCUCUCUUGGUGAGGAACAAUUGCUGCGGCUCCUUCAGUUUACGCGUGAGUGGGUAAGCAACGCUCGUCAUUGCAGCGUCGCAAGCCUGGUGAUGCACUGUGUCUUGGCGAGUCAUCACUUCACGGAGUUGGCCUCAAUGCCGGCAGUACGCACAAUUUUGGAGGCGCUUCUGGCGUACAUGCAGCGACACAGUCAACGCCUCCACGAGGUGUUGAGGCGGACUUAUUACAUUGACUACGUGACUCGUUCAUUGGGUCCACUGACACUCACGAGCGAACCCCCCUUUAUUCGCGACGUCGCCACUGUGGAUGAUGGGCUGGCGCUGAAAAGGCAACGCGCCGAGGCUGUUUAUUUACUCUCCAAUUCACCUGGAAAAAGGGAGUAA